AUGUUGAGUAGAGAUCUUCCUGACAUUGAGAGCAUCCUGGCUCUGAACCCCAGGGUUAAAACGCACUCUCAGGUCAUCUCCACGGCGAACAAAAAGAAAGAAAAGAAACACUGGAAGAGAAAUCCAGAGAGGAACUGUGGACCUUGUUCACAGCUGGAAAACAACUUUGAUGACAUCAAACACACAACACUCAGUGAGCGUGGAGCUCUGCGAGAAGCCAUGAGGUGUCUCAAAUGUGCUGACGCUCCUUGCCAGAAGAGCUGCCCGACCAACCUGGACAUUAAGUCAUUCAUCACAAGUAUUUCCAAUAAGAACUACUACGGAGCAGCGAAGGCCAUUCUCUCUGAUAAUCCACUGGGUUUGACCUGUGGAAUGGUUUGUCCCACAUCAGAUCUGUGUGUGGGAGGCUGUAACCUCUAUGCCACUGAGGAAGGCCCCAUAAACAUUGGAGGGCUACAGCAAUUCGCAACUGAGGUGUUCAAUAAGAUGGGGAUCCCUCAAAUCAGGAAUCCUGAACUCCCACCAGCCAAUGAGAUGCCAGAGUCUUACCACAGUCCCAUUGCUCUGAUUGGCUGUGGCCCAGCAUCAAUUAGCUGUGCUUCCUUUCUGGCCCGUCUUGGAUAUGACGAUAUUACUAUCUUUGAAAAGGGGAAGUACAUUGGAGGACUGAGCUCAUCAGAAAUCCCCCAGUUCAGACUUCCGUAUGAAGUGGUUCAGUUUGAAGUAGACCUGAUGAAGGAUCUGGGAGUCAAGGUGGUGUGUGAAAAGGGCCUCGGUGUUGAUGGAAUGACUGUGACGUCUCUAAAGAACGAGGGAUACAAGGCUGUCUUUAUUGGAAUUGGUCUACCUCAGGCCAACAGAGCUGAAAUCUUCCAGGGUUUGACUGUUGAUCAAGGUUUCUUUACCUCCAAAGAUUUUCUGCCCAAGGUUGCUUUAGCUAGCAAGAAAGGUAUGUGUCAGUGUCGGUCAGCACUUCCUGAGUUAAAGGGCAUGGUGAUAGUAUUGGGCGCUGGAGACACAGCCUUUGACUGUGCCACCUCAGCUCUUCGCUGUGGAGCCAAGAGGGUGUACGUCUGCUUCAGGAAGGGGUUCACUAACAUCAGGGCUGUGCCUGAAGAGAUGGAGCUGGCUAAAGAGGAACAGUGUGAGUUCCUGCCCUUCCUGUCCCCUCGUGAAGUCAUCAUGAAGAACGGGCGAGUUGCUGGGUUACAGUUCUGUCGCACUGAGCAGACUGACACGGGGGACUGGGUGGAAGAUGAGGACCAAGUUGUGAGGCUGAAGGCAGAUUACAUCAUCAGUGCCUUUGGGUCAAUGCUGAGUGACCCUAAAGUGACUGAGGCAAUGGCUCCAGUGAAGCUGACCCGCUGGGCAACUCCAGAGGUGAACACAGAUACCAUGCAGACCAGUGAGCCGUGGGUGUUUGCAGGAGGAGACGUGGCUGGUCUGGCUAACACCACGGUGGAAUCAGUUAACGAUGGCAAACAGGCCUCAUGGCACAUUCACAGAUACCUGCAGUCUCUGCACGGACAAACUGUUGAUCCAGUCCCAAAGCUGCCAUUGUUCUACAGUGCCAUCGAUGAGGUGGACAUCAGUCUGGAGGUUUGUGGAAUUAAGUUUCCCAACCCAUUUGGACUGGCUUCUGCUCCUCCCACCACCAGCACGGCGAUGAUCAGGAGAGCUUUUGAGCAAGGAUGGGGUUUUGCUCUCACCAAGACAUUUGGCUUGGAUAAGGAUCUCGUGACCAAUGUUUCACCGCGUAUCGUGCGCGGAACCACCUCGGGUCCUCUAUUUGGACCAGGCCAGGGCUCCUUCCUCAACAUUGAGCUCAUCAGUGAGAAGACGGCUGCCUACUGGUGUCAAUCAGUCACUGAACUGAAGAAGGACUUCCCCAAAAAUGUGGUGAUCUCCAGUAUUAUGUGUAGUUACAAUAAGGAAGACUGGACGCAGCUUGCAAAGAUGGCAGAGAAAUCAGGAGCAGAUGCACUUGAACUGAAUCUAUCUUGUCCUCAUGGAAUGGGAGAGAGGGGCAUGGGACUGGCCUGUGGACAGGACACAGUCCUUGUGCGUAACAUCUGUCGCUGGGUGCGAGCAGCCAUUUCUAUUCCAUUCUUUGCCAAAUUGACUCCAAACGUUACCGACAUUGUUGACAUUGCCAAGGCUGCAUAUGAAGGUGGAGCAGAUGGAGUCACUGCCACAAACACAGUGUCAGGGAUGAUGGGACUGAAGGCAGACGGCUCACCCUGGCCCAGUGUUGGUGUAGAAAAACGCACCACUUAUGGAGGAGUGUCUGGUAACGCCAUCAGACCCAUUGCUCUCAGAGCUGUGUCAGCUAUUGCCAGAGCCAUUCCAGGUUUCCCUGUUCUGGCCACUGGGGGCAUUGACUCAGCUGAGUCUGGACUCCAGUUUCUCCAUGCUGGAGCCUCGGUGUUGCAGGUAUGCAGUGCAAUUCAGAACCAGGAUUUCACAGUCAUUGAGGAUUACUGCUUGGGUCUGAAGGCCCUGCUGUAUCUGAAGAGCCUGGAGCUGAAGAACUGGGACGGCCAGUCUCCUCCAACAGAGAAACACCAGAAAGGGAAACCGGUCCCUAGACUAGAGGACCUAGUUGGACAGAGUCUCCCCAGCUUUGGCCCAUACCUUGGACAGAAAAAGAAAGCUCUGGCAGAGUAUAAGAAGAAGCUGAAAAACUCUGGCGAUACAGAUGACAAAGAAACAACAGCCUCCCGCAUCAGUGCACCCAAAAAACCAGUCCCUGCUGUCAAGGAUGUGAUAGCCAGAGCAUUACGCUACAUCGGAACAUAUGGGGAUCUGAACAACAUGGAGCAGGUCCAGGCUUUGAUUGAUGAAGAGAUGUGUAUCAACUGUGGCAAAUGUUACAUGACCUGCAAUGACUCUGGAUACCAGGCCAUUCAAUUUGAUCCAGAGUCCCACAUUCCUUUUGUGACUGACAGCUGUACAGGCUGCACUCUGUGCCUCAGUGUCUGUCCAAUCAUAGAUUGCAUCCAGAUGGUGACCAGAACAACACCAUACGAGCCUAAGAGGGGUUUACCCGUUAAUCCUGUCUGUUAAAGGAAGGACUGAUUAUAACCCUUGUGUUUGAUUGCAAAUGUCAACGCUUUCCAUUCUGUAUAAUCAUUUUUGCUUCAUGCAGUGUACGGCAUUAUUCAUUUUAAUCAAUUUAUUCCAUCACUUUAUUACAAAUUAUUACAGAAAUAAAAUACCAAUCUAAAAGAGACCAGAAAUUAAAAUACAACAAAGUUAUUCAACCAUAGUUGUUACUGUUAGUUUAAAUAUAUGUAUGAUUGUUGUAAUUUGUAUCUACCAUAACUGUCUAUAAUGUAAAAUUUACCAAUUUCCAGUUUGCCUUUUGCCAGUUAUCAUAUAGUGACUCAAAUAAAGGUUUUCUUUAUGAAGCAAAACAA